AUGGACGCGUCGACACAGACUAUCGACCUUGCCGAAAAAAUGCAUUUUUGUAUGCAAACCGGCGAAAUGGGCGUAUGGGAUGGGCCUGCGCAUACCGACGUAAAAGCCGUCGAAAAAUUUGAAAGAUGGGACAAGAAAGACCCAAUAAUUCAAAAAAUCGCUGUGCGAUCCUCGGGCACGCAAACGCCGGCAUACAAAAUUAAGGGUGUCCAAGCAUUUGUCUGGCGCCUUGUCCCGAUUGACGUCGAUAAAAGCCGUUUAUCGAGUCGACAAAAGAUCGAACAAUUCGUACGAAACUUUGAUAAGUUUGUACAAAUUCAAAAGGAAUUCGAGGUUCCGACAAUGCUUUCCCCAAUUUCUGAUAUGCCAGGAGAAGAGUUUAAAAUGCCUGUGUCUACGAUGGAAUGGAGGGAGAAAAAGAGAGAGGAAGAAAUUUUGAAAAGACACAAAUACAAGGAAGCAAUGACAGAGAGCGAAGAAGAUUGGACAAGAUGGAAAGCGGGUGAAUUCUACUGGGAAGAAGAGAAAGAAAAUGAAGCUCAACGAAAAAUAAGACAAGGGCAACAAAAAAGGAAGAUAGAAAACAAUGAUAUGGAGAAAACAAAAAAGAAGAAAAAUGAAAAAGGAAAUAAGGGACCAGUGGUGAAAGAUGGGGAUUUGCAAACGCUGAACCAUGGAAAGUGGUUGAACGAUGAGAUAAUUAAUCAAUAUCUUGAUUUGAUUGUCAAGAAAUAUUCAAAAACUUUCGCGUUCAACACAUUUUUCUUUCCACGCUUUCUCUCAGGAGGUUUUCCGGCAAUUAGACUUUGGACAAAAAAUGUAAAUAUCUUUGACUAUGAUUUGGUUCUGAUUCCACUUCACCUUGGAGCACAUUGGUGCCUAAUAACUGUGGAUUUUAGAGACAAAUAA